AUGGAAGAGGGUACAGAUCACGAGUCAGCCUACAAUAGAGUGUCUGCUAGUUCAGAGCCUUCCAUGAUGACUUCACGAACUAUGACUGACAACCGGGUGCUGCUUGUCCCCGGCUCCUUCGUCCCAAGUACCAUGUCAUUGCAAAUGCAGCCGCACCUUCUUCCAGCGGCAACCUUCCACGAGGCCUCUCUGUCAGCCAUUCAUGGGGUGCCUGGAAACCUGGGAUAUACGCUCAACCAACCCCACGGCAGAAAUCCGGGAAUGGACGCUGUCUUCUUCCAGCAAGGACCUUACAUGCAACCUUUCUUGGGCCAAAACCUGUCGUCUUCCACCCAGCAUAAUAUGCCACUGUCAGCACAUUCGUUAGCAAGCACAUCUAGUCAAGCUUACCAUGUGCGCCCGGGAGGUUGGUCGACGCAGGUGCAGACGCGACUACAGGCACAUACACCAACCCCAGAACCGAACGCAGCAGUCGAGUAUCACUUCACAACGCCUCAUCAGCACCAGCCAACAUUAUCCCAGCAGCAACUGACCCCCGUAUCCACCUCAACGGCCGACUUUGACCUCGACCUGGAUCUCGAUCUUGAUCUGGAUUUCGACCUUGACGAGCCUCCAUCUCAUCCUCAAACACACCUUCCACACCCUCUCCCACAUGACAACGCCGCCGCUACGGUCUCAUCAAUCUCAUCCUCACCACCGCGCUCCGAACACCCUUCCAACAGCCACCAUCCUCAUCGCGACCUUACAAACUACGGCAUCCCGAACCCCGAUGGAACAUGGCGCUGCGCUUUCCCAGGGUGCUCUUCACAAGCCCUUUUCCGUCGUGGCUGCGACCUCCGCAAACACUACAAUCGACACCGCAAGCACCUCUUUUGUCGCUACGAGGGUUGCCCACAGGCCGUGCGGGGUGGAUUCUCGAGCAAAAAGGACCGAGAUCGACACGAAGCCAAACAUAACCCCGAGAUUCCAUGCGAAUGGGAAGGGUGCCGCCGGGUCUUCAGUCGAAUGGACAACAUGAAGGAUCAUGUUAAAAGGAUUCACAAGAGGCGAGACACCUGA